UCGCCGCUCGCGUUAUUCUUCUACUUCAUGCCUGUGGUUCUCUGGCAGCAUAUUGCUGCCUGCUCAAACGAGUACCAUCGUGAGGUAUUGCCGCUGAGGGCGGGAGGAGCCUACCUAAGCUACAAAAACAAAAGGCGCCUGAAUCCGAAGCUGCCGCGAAAGACCAAGCGCGACAUUCCGUAUGAGAUGGAGGGGAUGAAGCUCAUCCUGCCACACAAGCUAUGUCGGUGGGUUGGGUUGCUCGUGGCAAGGAUGAUUGCGCCCAAUCGAGCGAAACCGUCGAACCACUGGAAGACUACGGACGAAGGAGCUAUCUCUCGUGGGCGCUUUGGGUCGGUGCUGGCUAGAGAUCGAUUGAUGGAGAUCUCGCGCAAUCUCCAAUUUAAAUCAAAC